GGAGCCCGAAACCUGGCUGCCAGCUAAAACAAACCCGAGCCAGCGCCGAGCUCCCACUCAAUCCAAUUAAGGCGGACUUGAGGCGCUCUCCUACGUCUUCAUCGAGCAGAGUCGACGUUGAGACAACAGGAACCAGAGGGGCUUUGGCCAAGAAAAAAAAAGGAGAGGAGAGAGAAGGAGAGAUUGCCUUGCCUUCUAAUUUCUCCCUCUCCAGCCACAGAACAAUGUCGAUGAGCCCCAAGCAGACGACUCCUUUUUCUGUUUCCGAUAUCUUGAGUCCCCUUGAGGAGAGCUAUAAGAAAGUAAGUAUGGACAACAACAACCUGGGGGCGCCUCUCACUUCUUACCGGCAGCCGCAGGUCUCCCAGGCCGCUAUGCAGCAGCACCACAUGGGCCACAACGGGACCGUGUCGGCGGCUUACCACAUGACCGCGGCGGGGGUCUCCCAGCUGUCGCACACCGCCAUGGGGGGCUACUGUAACGGCAACCUGGGCAACAUGGGCGAGCUGCCCUCCUACCAGGACGGCAUGAGGGGCAGCGCCGCGGCCACCGGCUGGUACGGAGCCAACCCGGACCCGCGCUUCUCCACCAUUUCCCGCUUCAUGGGCUCGUCGUCGGGCAUGAACAUGGGCAGCAUGGGGAGCCUCGGGUCCCUGGCAGAUGUGGGGAAAGGCAUGAGCUCCCUGUCCAGCACCCCGAGGCGGAAGCGGCGCGUGCUGUUCUCCCAGGCGCAGGUGUACGAGCUGGAACGGCGCUUCAAGCAGCAGAAGUACCUGUCUGCGCCGGAGAGGGAACACCUGGCAAGCAUGAUCCACCUCACCCCGACCCAGGUGAAAAUCUGGUUCCAGAACCACCGCUACAAGAUGAAGAGGCAGGCGAAGGACAAGGCGUCGCAGCAGCACCUGCAGCAGGACGGCGGCUCCUGCCAGCAGCAGCAGCAGCAGCAGCAGUCCCCGCGGAGGGUGGCCGUGCCGGUGCUGGUGAAGGACGGGAAGCCGUGCCAGGGCAGCGGCCACACGCCCACGUCCUCCGCGCAGACGCACCACCAGCAAGGAGGCAACGUCAUGAUCAUGUCCAGCGGCGCGUCCGGCCUCGGGCACCAGAGCCAGCAGGUGGGAAGCACGGGUCACUCCCCGGACUUGGCGUCGUCCAGUCCGCCGUCCAUGCAGAGCCAGGUGGCCGGCCUCUCCCACCUCAACUCCCCCGGCGCGGAGUACGGCUCGGCCCUGCAGUGUUCCGCGCUGCUGUACGGCAGGACGUGGUGACAGGAGGCGCCGGCUGCGACCCCCGAACACGCAAAGUUUUUCUCUUUUUAAAGAUUAUUGUAAAAAUGUCAACAGAAAAGCCGCCAUUUUUCAAAGACCACGCGUGGAAAAAGUUUUCCCAGAAACUGCGGAUGUGAAAAUGUUGGGAAUUAUUUAUGUAAAUUAUAUUCAGAGAAAAAGAGGAAAAAGCCGGGCGCAUGAACACGAGUGGACUGCUGCACCCCCCUCCCCACGGACACGAACCCACGACACGACUCUGAUUUAUCCUAGAAAUUCAUGUAAGAGUAGAGUAGCGUGUAUAUUUCUGUCCGAGGUUUGGAUUUUAGAUCUUUGUUGUACAGAUGUUUUGGAGGUUUUUGCUCGUUUGUUGUCGUUUCUGGUAUUUGUACGUUUUUUUCUUUGUAACUUAAAAAGAAAUUUGAAAAAUAGUCCUAUAAAUAAAUUAUGGAAAAAACAGGUAAAGUUUCUGACACAUGUUAAUGAGGGCGCUUUAAAUCAUGAAGCGAUACACAAAUAUUUAUCCUCAUUACUUAAAAAGUAUUUUUACGUCAUAAAUCCAGCCGUCGGCGGAUCAAAGCGGCUCUUAUUGUGAAAGUGCCUCUUAUCUGCGCGUUUUCACUCCGUGACAGAUCGCCCCGCUUAUCGCGGAGGCCGCGGCGCGCAAACAUUUGCGCCCCGCAGGUAAACUCGCCCUUUUUGACUUCCUUUCGCGCGCGCGCGCGUCCUCUCCGCGUGAGUCACUCAGGUGAGGUUUGUCAGCAUCAGUCGGAGCACAAAGGCGCCUUAUCGGGGAAAAUCUGAAAGCAAACAAAUUCCUCUCCAGUGACGGCGCAGCUGAUCAAUAAUCAAUCCACAAAUUUGUGUUGGAACAACAAAAACACACAAACAGUUGCUGCACAUUUUCGUAUUUUCUGAUGCGCCUUUUGAAAUUGACCGCAAUAAAGACCCGUAAUCUCUGUCUUUUCUGCGGGUUAUUACCGCGCAGCCUAUAAUAACCAUUAGACUCUAUUCUCCCGCGCGGCGCGGCCGUAUCUUCGACGGUAAACAACGUGGUUGCUAAGCGACGGAGGAAAUAGAAGAAUAAAUGGUCUGUUUAGGAUUCUCGGCUUCAUCAUUUCUGAGUCUGAAAAACAACGAAGGCAGUUUGACCCGAACGUGAUUGAACUGAGCGGGAACGGACGGCAUCCGGGAGGAGCCAAAACUCUGCUUUGGAUUAUUUCUGAUUUUUCUGAGCGGCUGGUUCUGACGGAAACGUUCCGGGUCAUGUGAUCCGUGGGCUCUGAGGCCUGCGGAUCCACCGAAUCUGGAAAGUUCUGGAAGGAAGUGGUUUUCUGGAGAAAUGUUUUAUCUUUUCUGUUGAAGGAAUAAGACGUCCCGGCGGCCUCCGAGGCCUCCGAGACCCCCCCCCCCCCCCCCCCCCCCCGGCAUCGGAUCUCCCAUUAGGUGUUUAGCCGCGCGGGUUUUGUUGGCGCGGACAUUUGCAUGUCUUUGGCGCAGUGUGUGGUCUUUGUGUGCAGCUUGUAGCUGUUGAGGAUGACUUGUUGGGAGCGUGCGCGCUCUCAUCGCGCUCCUUUGUUGAACUCCCCAAGUCCUCCUAGCUUUAUGGUGGGCUGUCUCCAUGAACCCCAAGCAAUUAGUCUCUAAUCUCAAGGCAAUCACACUGGAGUUAGUGACCAGCGGCGGGAGUUUGCGGCUCCUCCGCGAGCGCAGCUGCUGCAGACGGAACUUUCAUUUCGGCGCAGCUCUGAUAAAUGUCGAUUGAUUUGCUGCGAGAUGUGAGAAACAAGUUUAUGUCUGGCUUUGGAUACACAUUUGUUUUUUUUAAAAAGUAUCCAAUUAUGUGGUAAAAGCUUUUAUUACUAUUAUUUACAGUGUAAACAAAGGUGCAAAUAACGGAAAACAUGUAAAGACUUGCUUUGAUUGACAGCAUCACACAUGGUCCGAAAUGUUUCUGCGUCAUUUUGCAGCCUUUUGUGCGGACGCGCGGAGCUGUCCGCGGUGCUGAACAGCAGCAUAAAGACCGAACCUCUUCACCUGAACGUUGUUUUCCUCAUAAUAACUUCGCCUCGAACGGGACGCACUUUCAUCUGAAACAUUUCUGCGGGUCCGAGCUUCCCGCGCGCGUCUCAAAAAGCACAAUUACGCGGCAACUGCAAUCACCUCCUUUGGUAAAUGUUAUUGUGAGCCGGCAGCGAAAAUCUUUAAUUGUCCCACAUUUAUCUGGUUUUUCAAGUCAUUGUGCAAAGAGCGCAAACGAGGGUCAUUUGUGAGCUGGAAUACUUUGCAUGCAAAGCGGAGACGAUGCUGUAAUACUUGACCUUUCAGCAUAAUUGUUGCAGGCAUGAAAUGCGGCAUUCAGGGCUCCCUGAGUGCGUCUUUUCCCUCCCCCUUUACAUCUUGGGUGUUCAUUUGGUUUUGUUUCUUUAGGGAGAACAUUUUGCCAGAGCUAGCAGCAAUUUAACUUCAUUUUAAUAACUAUAAAAGGCACAAUUACUGUGAGGUGUUUACGAUUUUUUUCCGUAUUGCUUUUGCAGCUUUUGCUUUUUUUUUCAAACCCCGGAAAUGUUCAAAGCUGACAUGAACUGAAGGUUGAAGACUUCCCAGACCUGAACAAUAUUUUAAAAUGUCAAUUAUUAGAAUAAAUAUUCAUCUGGAAAUGUUUUUUCGCUCAUUUUUGGCUGAAUUUCCCCCCGAAUUCAAAACAUUUUCCUGAU